AUGAGGGUGUUUGAAUCGCUCAACUGCAUUGUCUGCAAGAAACCGUUUGCUCGAGUUGCUAAUCAACGUCGAUCUCCACGUCAUUUGUAUUGUGGAUUGGCCAUGUGCAAUGAAUGUUUCGAGCAAGAGAAGACGUUGGAACAAGAAAAGAGAAAUCAUCAAUGUGGAGAUAGUGACUGUUUCUACAGCGAAAACUUUGCCUACUUUUUGAUUGAUGUUUUGUCCCAAAAAAGCGCUUUGGUGUUUACUCCAAUGGGAUAUUUGCUUGUGAAGCCUUUCAAAAUUCCGGAGUGUCAAAUUUGUCUGGAUGAAUAUUCAAAUCAAAUUGAGGCAAAGAAAUCGUUUGCUCUUGGAUGUGGGCAUAUCAUUUGCACGGAAUGCUAUUUGAAGACACGUCAGAAAUCUUCUGUGGAUUCAAGUCUCUACGAAAUCAAAUGUCCAACUUGUACAGAAACAUAUGAUAUGUACGCUGCUGUCAACAAACAGAAAGAUCGAUUUCAUGACUUUCUAAAUGAGCUGCCCGAAAUGACUCGACAAAUGGAGGCAAUGAUGAAUGCUGCGAGAAAUGUCAAAGAUGAAUGUAGCUGCAACGAAUGCCGCAAAAAGGGUAUUGUCGACGAAAUGUUUUAUUGCGGUGAAUGUGGUUUUGAAAUUUGUGGCGCUUGUGCUUACAAAAAACAUCGUCCACAUGGGGCCAUUCCUUUAUUGGAAAAACAGGCUAACCAAAUGUUGAUGGAACUUCAACAAGAGUCAAGAAAUGUCAUCAAGACGUACAAGGAUUUGGUUCCUGAACUACACAAGGGCCUUCUUGAGGGCAUUGACAUCUUUGAGACGGAAUUGCUUUCGAAAGAAGAAACUCUCAAGGGCGCUCCAAAUUUUGCCGAUUUACAGGAGAAACACAAGUCAUUCACAAAAAUUAAGUCCAAUUUUGAGUUGUCCGCUGAGAAUUACUUGCCUCAUUUGCGCAGAUUCGAUGGUGAAGUCAAGCAAUUGAUUCAAACCCUCAACGAGACCCCUGAUGCC